UCCAGCAUGUUGUCAUAUCCGGAAGUCACAAGAUGAAAAGCAGACAUCCCUGGCACUCCUUCGGCUGCGCAUUCUUCCUACUUUUCGUCCAUUGCCAGAUAACGAAGAGCUGACAGAUCAGGAAGCUAAGUGGGUGCAGAAGAAUAACCAAGAACCUGUGAGCAAACGGAUAACCAGCCUGCACAGCACAAGACUACUCAAGCCAGAGCAAUGAACAUGCACAUAUAAAGGAAGGCUGGGGAUGCCUUUUCAUUUAACACAAGCACCUGGAGGUACACAAACAGUCAGAGACAUCCUGGAGGUGCACACGAAGGGAAUUUCUCCUGUGAGUGCUAAUCGGUGACCAUUGCACUUCCUUCUAACAUUCCGUUCUGUCAUAUGGACAGUGGACAACCCAGGUUUUACCCUGACGGAGGCCAUGUAGAACAACCACGCACGGAUUGCAAUACUCCCUACCCUUUUAGCUCUGCAGCACUCGGUUUUCUGGUUCCCCUGAAAAGGACAUAGAACCAUAAAUAACACAACCAGGACAGCUUGAUCAUCUUGUUACUGGAAGUGUUUUUCUUCAGGGUUAAGAGACACAGAAGUAUUUUUCCGUGCGGUCUGUGUAGUGAGACUGUUCAGUUCAGUAGACUCUUUCACCAUUACCAUUUAACCUCCAAGGCAUUUUGAAUGUGUGCGGAAGCUAUAAAACAUUGUUUCAGGAGAUAUGCCUACACUCACUUAUGUUUGUUUUGCUCAUCAAUUAUAUUUAUUCUGUGAAAAUGGUUCAAACAAGCUGUGAUCUAAAUGUUGGCAUGAAGUUAUCUUACUUUGGAUUCAUUUUUUAUGGUAUGUUAUGAUCAAUGCCUAUUUUAACUGAAGAGCAACUUUUUUUGUAAUUUUCACCAGUUUUACCUGCUGUGCUUUUAUUUUUUUUCCUGUGAGAUGAACGGAUUUUCCAUUAAGGAGUUGUGCUGCCUCUUUUGUUGUCCACCAUGUCCGGGUAGGAUUGCUGCAAAAUUGGCAUUCUUGCCCCCAAUACCGACCUAUGCGGUGUUACCGGAACAAGAUGCCGCCGUAAGGGUUGGUAAUGGAAGAGGAGGAACAGGUUUAAUGGGACGAUGGAAACUUCACCUUACAGAUCGUGCUGACUUUCAGUACAGUCAACGUGAGCUGGACACCAUAGAAGUUUUCAUGACCAAGAGUAGCCGUGGCAACAGAAUUUCUUGCAUGUAUAUCCGCUGUUCUCCUGGUGCAAGGUUCACCCUCCUAUUCUCUCAUGGCAAUGCUGUGGAUCUGGGCCAGAUGAGCAGCUUUUACUUGGGUCUAGGAACACGUAUCAAUUGUAACAUCUUCUCAUACGAUUAUUCUGGGUACGGGGCUAGCUCAGGGCGUCCAUCUGAAAAAAACCUAUAUGCAGACAUUGAUGCCGCUUGGCAAGCUUUACGUACAAGGUAUGGAAUAUGCCCUGAAAACAUACUGCUUUAUGGACAGAGUAUUGGCACUGUACCAACUGUGGACUUGGCGUCUCGUUAUGAAUGUGCAGCUGUCAUCUUACACUCCCCGCUGACCUCUGGGAUGAGAGUGGCAUUUCCAGACACUAAGAAAACAUAUUGUUUUGAUGCGUUUCCCAACAUUGAAAAGGUUUCCAAGAUAACCUCACCAGUGUUGAUCAUUCAUGGAACUGAAGAUGAAGUGAUUGAUUUCUCUCAUGGUCUGGCCCUUUAUGAACGUUGUCCCAAAACCGUUGAACCUCUUUGGGUAGAAGGUGCUGGGCAUAACGACAUUGAGUUGUACAGCCAAUAUUUGGAACGUCUGAAACGAUUCAUCUCUCAAGAGUUGACUCCACAAAACAGUAACUGACAAUGAGAAAAGUAGUCUAUACUCAUAUCUUCCACCGAUCUUAAAAACUUCAAAAAUAGAAAUGAUAUACCUGUUUUUACAUUUUGCAAAUGACUCAUGGCCAAUGACGUUUCCAUUUUUUAAGUUUAUAUGAAAUGUUUUGCUAUUUUGUGGCACAACU